AUGUCGGCACCGUCUUCUCCUGGUACCACGCACCUGUCGAGUGAGAAGGCCCAAACCAAGGCUAAAGGACGACCACCUGCCCUCGAGCUACCGGACAUCAAUGUCAAGGCCGUAUCAGAGGACUACGAACACGUUGACCGCGACGCUAUUGGUGCCGCAUCUAAACAGCCCGACGUCCGCGUCUCUCCCGCAGAGCACCACUCGGAGCCGGAUUUCAUUGUUUCUAGAUCGGCAUCAGCUACUUCAUCUCUGGAUCCUUAUUACUUCGGCGUUCGAUCUCCCUCAGAUUCGCCCAUUCCACCUUUGCCUUCUGCACCUGCACAGUUCAGUAGCACAACUCCUGAUCAACGAUAUGUCAACGAACCCGUGACGCCUGCCAGGGACCCAGCUUCUAUCGACCGACGCGGGCUCGUUGGCGUUGGAGAGCUUGCAACCCCACGUUGGACACGGAUAGACCGACCCAGCGAGGAUACCUUCUCAGAAGUGGAACCUGCUGAUGGUGUUUACGACGUAGAAGUCCCAGAGGACGUAGAGAACGAAGACCCAGACAGUCCCUGGACAAUCGAAGCUAUUGAUGGGGAAUCUUCAGAGAAGGAAGAGCCCCCAGAUUCGAAACUGCUAUCAAGGCCUCUUCGUUCGCGACGGUCCAUGGCGGAGGAGAGCGGUGGGGAAGAGAUACUGUACCCUCGACAACCUAUUGCUGCUCUUCCCAAGCCUGCAAAGCCCGCAGUACUGGUUGAAGAACCUGAGACUCAUGAUACGCUUUCAGAAUCUCCUGCAAAUAUACCUGCCGGGGGUCCGAUAUCUCCUCCUAGCGCCUUCACGCCUCGACGCGCUCGAAAACGCACUUCUGAUGAAUUCGAGAUGGACCAGGCGGGCCUACUGGUUUCAAAGGUGACUGGGACAAAAGAUAAGUUGCAAGAUGAUAAAGCAACGGUGCGCAAGCAUCGUAGUCUUGGGUCCUCUAGUUCGACGCCUCGCGAGAAGGGGAGAGAUCGACAUAGGGAUAGCAUCAACAACAUGUCUGGGUCCCGGUCUUCUGCUUCCAAAGCGCCCGAACGACACGCUAGACAAGCUUCUGUGGGGUCCUCGGGCUCUAACCAUGCCGAACCCCAUCACCCACGUCGUGGCCACACUACUGACUAUUCACAUCUGCCUCCAUCACCUUCGACUUCGUCCAUUCAGCAGUUCCUGAAACACCCAACGUCUACAAGCUCGAGAACCCCUCCUUUGGGUGGCACUGCUCAUUCAUCCCCAAGUGUCGCGCAUUCAUUGCUACGUGGUACUCAGGAAGGUUGGUCAGGCCUCGAUGAUGAAGCAACGGCAGAAGCCUUACGAAAACUAGAUGGUCUUACUGGGAAGAGCGCUCGCGCGCGAGCUAGCGUGGGGAGUUUCGGUCGCCCAUCAAGCCUAAGUCGACCAACGACUCCGCCAAGCAUAUCCGAAGCCGCCAAAAUCAGUCGUAGAGGCAGCGCGAAAGCGAGUUCCGAUAAGGAGCAGCUUUCCGACCACGCACAUCGGGGAUCGAUUGGCAUUGGCAUCCUCCUUAGCGAUCAAGGAGAAAUUGGCGAGAAUGGGGCUGCUUUCGGUAGCAGCGACGACCAACGUGUAUCUUCGGGAUUGGACAAAACUCCAAAGAAGACUGGCACUUCCAGUGCACGCUCUAGUUUUACCCCAAAGCGCGGCUCAACAUCUUCCACAACUUAUGCGAGUACUCCUAGUUCAAGGGAUUCCGCAACCAUGUCUGUGACGACCAACGCGACAUCAGUGUCUGCUACCUCUGGCAGGCAUUCAACUGGGAAGGCACGGCGAAAUAGUGCUGGUAGCGAUGUGUCUAGCAUCCACUCUGGUGAUGCUACCUCUUUGAAGGACCGCGUGGCUUCAUUGGCUGUAAAUGGGGAUGCACAAGACGAAGGUUUCGUCCCACCAGUACCACCACUUCCUAAGGACUUCUCGACGUUCAAGACUCCUCCAGCCGCCUCCACCGGAUUCUCCUUCACGACCCCUUCAUCAGGAGACGACAAGGAUAAGAAACGAAGCAGUCAUGAUAGCAGUGAUAAGAUACACGGAGCAUCGCUUGAAGUACCGCAAAUAACUUCUCCUCCCACUCAGCAUGUCAACCACGUUUCAUCGGGAUACUCCAGUGUAGGAUCAGGCAAUGAGUCUUUGUCUCCGGCAGCCCCGAAGACGCCAUCCAAGAAGUGGAGCUUCAGUGGUCUCAAUCUCAAGUUGCCGGGAUCCUCUCCUGCUGGCUCAAAGUCUAACUUCCCUCUCAGCCCUCGGUCAGCAACCUUUGGGCAGCAUCUCCGGAAAUCCACGUCGAAGGAUCAGCCGUUGUCUCUUAACGCUAAUGUCCCUCCCACUAAGCCUUGGACUCCAACACAGCCAGAUGCCAUGUCUUCUGCUGCUUCGCUGACGUCGAUGUCCUCUAUUGGGUCCGUACGCUCACCCCCUACACCUGGCACUGUCCCAUCAAAGACCCCCGAAGGGCACCCUGUCCCCAGCCGGCCGGGUACAGACUCCAGCGCAAGCACGAACCACACUACAUCAGCUCUUGCGGCGCCUCCGCAAGGUGCACUUAGUCCAACCUCUUCGGUGCGACGCGGUCAGUCUCAGAAGCGUUUAACUCCCUCUUCGAUACCGUUCUUCCGGAGGUCUUCCUCUCAGUCGAUGCAAAUGCCUCCCCCUUCUUUACCCCCGGUCUCUCCGACGUUCUCCUCUGGUGACCUUCCGUCUGCUCAGACCCGGAAUAAGGGCUAUGAUUCUUCACACAACCCAGCUUCCACGUCAACGCCAUCGUCGAAGAAGAGUUCAGUGUUAAGUUUAGGAUUACCUUCACUUCUGAAAGGCUCGAGUUCCAGGCGGAGUUUGCAUGAAGUUGCAGCCAAGGAACUCCAAAAGGCCAACAAGGAGCUCGAAAAGGAAAGACACAAACAAGAGAAACUUGAAAGGGAGAAGCAAAAGAAGGAAGAUAAAGAUCGUAGCGAAAGUAGGAUCUCAGUGCUCAUGGGUAGGAAGCGUGGCAAGACACUCUCUGCUACGGAUCCCAGAAAGCCCAAGUCACCCAUAAAUCUCCCUCCCAUGCAAAUAUCUGCUUUGGAGCCAGCGACAGCGCAAAGGGUGGCUCGGCUGAAGUCAUCGAACUCGUCCUUGUCGACCCCUCCUUCAUCCACAGCGACUCGGACGCCCUCUUCAUCUUCACGACUUAUGUCGCAGACCGCCAGCUCGCUAGCGAAGCAAUCAGACUCGUCUCUCCGGGGUCGGAACCAACUUCCCACCAUCGCUGGUUCGCCUUCCGUGGGCACCGUUGCUACCAACAGUUCCCAGACGCUGCGAGAGGGGAGAGAGGGUCCUCCGCCGACUUCUUCGAACACCAAUUCUGGUCUCGCCAAAGAAACGCCAACGAAGAUACCUCGGAUAUCGAGCCGAACUUCUACCACCUCUUCCCCUCCGCUGAAAGGUUCGGCUUCGACGCUUGUCAAUCGAAGAGCAAGCGUCAAUGUCACAGCCGGCUCAUCGCUGAAUCCCUCUCCCACUGGCUUCUCAACCAACGAGUUUGGCGUUAUGGACAAUGGUGAGAGCCAAACACCUAAGAACAUGGCAGGCCCGACACGUCAUGGUUCCAUACGCGGAUCCCCAUCCACCGCCUCAACGUCCCGCGUCCCGCGACAGGUGUCGGCCCCCUCCGGCUCGGGUUCGACUGGUGUGACUCCCAGAAAGAGCAACCGGGAUUCGAUAUCUUUUAGUGGCCUGCGUAAGUCGUCCACAGGCUCUGUAGCGUCUACCACAUCGGCUGCUGCUGCUGGCGAACAAGUAUCAAGCCAUCGCUUCUCCGCGUUGUCGCCAUCUAGAGGCCUCAAUAAGUUGCUCAGCCCUAAGAUAUCUUUACCUUCUUCACGCUCCUCCAAUUCCUCUUCGGCUCAACGUAAUGUUGCCUCUCCCUCGUCCAGCUCCCAAUCUUUGUCUACACCUUCGCCGGUCCCAAGCUCGAUAGACGAGGAAGAGCUCCUUGGUGACGAAGAAAUGCUGCACUAUAUACGUCGACAGCAGGCAAAGAAGCUGGCAUCGGGUUCGACCCAGGAAGAGUUAGAUGAACUGUUGUGCUUCCCAGAACCCAUACCUCCAGCAACCGCUAUGUCUCCUUCUGCCGUGCUCAAGAGCAAUCAACAUCAGUACUUGUCAGACUAUGAACGGAAAGAAAUUCUGGACUACCCAUCUGUAUACUGCAUCGGCGCUAAGAGCAAGAAGAAACCUGCAACACCCGAAAACUCGACGAACAAUUACGGAUAUGACGAUGAGCGCGGCGACUACCUCGUCGUGUCCCAUGACCAUCUCGCAUACCGUUACGAAGUGAUUGACACGCUUGGAAAGGGUUCGUUCGGUCAAGUCUUGCACUGUCGAGACCACUGCACUGGGGAGUCUGUGGCCAUUAAAAUCAUCCGCAACAAGAAGCGCUUCCACCACCAGGCAUUGAUUGAGAUCAAGAUUCUGGAUAACCUUCGCAAAUGGGACUCAGAAGAAAAGCACCACGUCAUCAAGAUGACUGAACAUUUUUAUUUCCGAAACCACUUGUGCAUUGCGAUGGAACUUCUCAGUAUCAACCUCUAUGAGCUCAUCAAAGCGAAUGGUUUCGUUGGCUUCACCACUGCUCUCAUCCGACGCUUCACAAGUCAAAUGCUCCUUUCUUUGUCUCUCAUGAGACACCAUCGCAUCGUGCAUUGCGACUUAAAGCCAGAGAACGUCCUGUUGAAACACCCAAUGAAGAGCGCGAUCAAGGUUAUUGAUUUCGGGAGUAGCUGCUUCGAGCACGAGAAAAUCUAUACGUAUAUCCAGAGUCGUUUCUACCGUUCACCGGAGGUGAUUAUGGGAAUGAACUAUCAUAUGGCCAUCGAUAUGUGGAGUCUGGGUUGCAUUCUCGCCGAGCUGUACACUGGCUUCCCUAUUUUCCCUGGUGAAAACGAGCAAGAACAGUUGGCAUGCAUAAUGGAGGUUCUAGGUGCGCCUGACAAAGACUUCAUUAACCGGAGCUCGAGGAAGAAGCUGUUCUUUGACACGAAUGGUGCGCCUCGUCCGUUUGUGAACCAGAAAGGUCGUCGCCGCCGCCCUGGUACGAAGACACUCGCUCAAGUCCUGCGGUGCAAUGAGGAGGACUUUGUGGACUUCAUCGCGAAAUGUCUUGUUUGGGACCCUGAGCGUCGCAUCAAGCCCCAGGCCGCUAUGCGUCAUCCUUUCGUGACUGCCGGGAAACGGUCCAAGCCUCCAUUGCCUUCGUCAUCUUCGAAAAGCAUCGGUCUGAGUGGUCGUAGUAAGACCCUGUUGGAGACACCCAAGAAGUCGCAAAUCGGCGCGCCUACACCGUUAACGGCGCGUUCAUCACGUACUUCAGCUACUGUUGGACCAACAACACCGAGCAACUCGAAUCACGCCUCCGCCACGCUUGGGUCAUCCUCUCGGUCAUAUAGAACAAUUCAAUCUCAGGUCAUCUCAUCAUCAACUCUGGAACUUAACUGGUUCCCAGACGUGUGGAUCACGAAUGCACCAUCUUAUUAUGCGGAAAACUAG